AAUCAACCCCUCCCAAAAUAAAGUGUUUCCGCCCACUUAAUCCGACCCGCCAUUUCUCGGCUCUUUCUUUUCAUCGUUUGUCACCAAGGCAAGGCCGUCUGCUUUGAUCCUCAAAGGCAAACGGAGAAUAGGCGAGAAGCAGAACCCAGGGGCUCGGCUAUCUCGUUCUUCCAAUCAUGGCAGAAUUUGCUGUAGACGAAGGUCUGCUGGCCUUCUGGCAUACCUAUCGUCUGCCGCUGCUCCUCGCUCUCGUCGCCGCGUUUACUUUCAUUCGCUUCUUUCGUACACUUCAGCCCAAGUCUAGAACGGCCACUGCCUCCUCGAUCCCACCGUCCCCUCGAAGCCUUUCUCCGGAGAAGAGUGAAAAGCUCGCGAUCGGAUACGACAAAGAAAUCACCAAGGUCGAGAAGUCGGCCAUCCAAACUAUCGCCGAGAGGGAGAAAGCGCCCAAGUCUGCAUCCGGUCCUAAGAGAGUGUCCGGAAAGAAGCCCUCAAAGGUCGCUGGCCGACGUACCGGUUCCGACCAGAAUCAACAGCCUUUGUCCUUCAUCCAGCCCAUCAUCUUCUACGCCUCGUUGACCGCUACAACUGAGAAAUAUGCGCAGGUAUUGCUUGAAGACCUGCGCGCCGCCGCCCAACUACGAGCCGAUCCGGAGAACCGUGAGCGGGCAAUUCUUCCUCCUCAGAUCCAAGACCUCUCCUACGUCGACUUCGAUGAUUACUUCGCCGCUGCACCCAAGCCUCCGUCCAACUCGCCCGGAACGCGCUACGUUUACUGCUUGCUGAUCCCCUCGUACAACAUUGAUACUAUUUUGAACACUUUCCUUGGCCACCUUGACGAAACCCACAAUGACUUCCGCAUCGAUACUGCGCCGCUUUCGUCUCUGGCUGGCUACGCUGUCUUUGGUUUCGGUGACAAGGAAGGAUGGCCGACCGAGGAGGAGGGAUACUGCUACCAGGCUAAGGAACUCGAUCGGUGGAUGGCGAAGCUUACGGGUCGGAAGCGGGCGUAUCCCCUUGGAUUUGGUGAUGUCAAGGGGGAUCCGGAAGCUGCCCUGAAAGAAUGGUCUCAUGGUCUUCAAGAUAUCCUGGGUGACAUCUUGGAGAAUGGUGGAUUGGGUGAAGGUGUUCCUGGCAGCGGUGACCCUCUCGAAAGUGACGAGGAGGACCUGGACGAAGAAGGCUCUGAUGACAGUUCUAAGAAGAACCGGAAACGUAACAAGGCUCAAGACGUGGUUGACCUGGAAGACAUCAAGUUCAGCGCUGAUAGCGGAUCGGGGACCCCCAUUCCCGUUGACUUCACUACCGCGGGCGCUUCGCCUGCGUCCGCUAUUCAACCCACUGAGAAGGAAAUGGUCCCGAAGACAUCGCCCACCUACGCAGCUCUUACCAAACAGGGCUACACUAUCGUGGGUUCUCACUCAGGUGUCAAGAUCUGUCGCUGGACUAAGUCCGCGUUGCGUGGCCGUGGCUCCUGUUACAAAUUCUCGUUCUAUGGUAUCCGCUCGCACCUUUGCAUGGAAGCUACCCCGUCCCUUUCCUGCAGCAACAAAUGUAUCUUCUGCUGGAGACAUGGCACUAACCCGGUUGGCACAACUUGGCGUUGGAAGGUGGAUUCUCCUGACCUGAUUUUCAAUGGUAUCAAGGAGGGUCAUUACAAAAAGAUCAAGAUGAUGCGUGGUGUCCCCGGUGUGCGUGCUGAACGAUUCGCGGAGGCCAUGCGCAUCCGCCACUGCGCUCUCAGCUUGGUGGGCGAACCGAUCUUUUAUCCUCACAUCAAUCAGUUUUUGGACAUGCUGCACAGUGAGCACAUCUCUAGCUUCCUUGUCUGCAAUGCUCAACACCCCGAUCAGCUCGAGACCCUCAACCGAGUGACUCAGUUGUACGUUUCCAUUGACGCGAGCAACCGGGAAAGUCUGAGAAAGAUCGACCGCCCUCUUCACCGCGACUUCUGGGAGCGUUUCCAGCGUUGUCUGGACAUUCUUCGCGAGAAGCGUCACAUGCAGCGCACUGUCUUCCGUCUUACGCUGGUGAAGGGAUUCAAUGUGGACGAUGAGGUCAUUGGAUAUGCGAACCUGGUUGAGAAGGCACUGCCUUGCUUCAUCGAGAUCAAGGGCGUCACUUACUGCGGUACUAGCACCAGUGCAGGAGCUGGGCUGACUAUGCAGAACGUGCCUUUCUACGAGGAAAUCCAGGAGUUUGUAACCUCCCUUAACAAGGAGCUGGAGCGUCGCGGUCUCAAGUAUGGUCUCGCUGCGGAGCAUGCUCACAGCUGCUGUGCACUAAUCGCAUCCGAGCGCUUCUACGUGAACGGAAAGUGGCACUCGCGGAUCGAUUACGACCGGUUCUUCGAACUUUUGGAGAAGGAGAAGGCAGACGGCACCCCCUUCAAACCCGAGGAUUACAUGAGUGAAACGCUCGAGUGGGCCUUGUGGGGCAACGGUGGCUUUGACCCCAACGACGAGCGUGUAUACAAGAAAGGCAAAAAGAAGGGCCUCCAAGCUGCAGCGGCAGCUCAGGAUUGAUUGAACCUGUUUCCUGUCAUGUUCAAGUACCGUGCCAUCCCUCUGAGCGCCGUAGAGGCCCUUUGAGGCCUGUCUCGUGGCCUAUCUCUCAGGUGGACAUACAAUCAUUCUCGAACCGACUCCGCAGCUGUAAGGAAUUCAGGAGCACCAUCCUAUCGAAAAACCCACUUAGCUGUCAGGCCAUGGCCGACGAACCCAGCUUGCACCGAGUGCAGCUACCGUGAAAAGCGAAUUAACAAAACCGGGUCAUUCUGCGCCUAGCGUCUCACAGACGCUAAAAAUAUUCCCAGAUUCUAGCCAAGACCGUCGGACAACAGUAUAUACUCCAGCCGAAGUCAGCUGCUGUGCAAGUCACAAGGCUAGUUGAAUUUCUUCUAUGAUUCAUGUAUCUAGUUGAGAAACCAUGACGAAUUUUAGCUAUAUUUUGAUUAUC